GUUGUUGGCGGCGACACACACACACACACACACACACAUUGCCAAUCAAUUUCACCGGAGUCCCGCCCCGGCGCGUCACAUGCGGCUCCCAGUCAGGCAGACAGUCAGAGAGAGAGAGACACACACACACAAGGCGAGAGGUGCUGCUUCUGGGGUUUUUUGUGUGUGUGCGCGCGCCUGUAAUCUGGCCGGGAGGGGUGCUUGGUGCUCAGCACGGAGCAUUCACACCUGAGAGAGCAGGAGACGAGGCGAGAUACCGACGUCCCCUCUCCGCCCCUGGAUAAAGCCCUGCCUGCUCCCGGGGACCGCGGUGGCGGCAGGAUGGCUCGCUCCGCCGCCCCGGCGAUGCUGUCGGCGAACGGCUUCGGCUUCCCGCCGCAGAAUUUUGCUCGGGUGGUGGUGUGGGAAUGGCUGAACGAGCACGGCCGCUGGAGACCGUACGGCGCGACCGUGUGUCACCACAUCGAGAACAUCAUCAAGUGCAAUGCCAGGGGGAGCGUGGUGCUGGGGCAGGCGGACGCUCAGCUCUCGCCUUAUAUCAUCGACUUGCAAUCCAUGCAUCAGUUCAGGCAGGACACAGGAACCAUGCGUCCAGUUAGAAGAAAUUUUUAUGACCCUUCUUCAGCUCCGGGGAAAGGCAUAGUUUGGGAAUGGGAAAAUGACAGUUGUUCCUGGACUCCGUAUGACAUGGAUAUUUGCAUAACCAUCCAGAAUGCAUAUGAGAAACAACAUCCAUGGUUGGACCUGACUUCUCUAGGGUUCUGUUAUAUUAUUGACUUCAAUAGCAUGUGCCAGAUGAACAGACAGACACAGCGUAAGCGCCGAUUGCGAAGACGCAUGGACUUGGCCUACCCUUUGACCAUGGGCUCCAUCCCUAAAUCUCAAUCCUGGCCCAUUGGCACACAGUCGGGGCAACCGUGCAGCUGCCAACAGUGCGUCCUGGUCAACAGCACAAGGGCAGCCUCCAAUGCCAUCCUGGCAUCCCAACGACGGAAAAUAUAUUCUGCCACCAAUGGGACUCUGACUGUCCGCCAAAGUAACUCCUACAAUGGCACAGCCUUGUGGUCAACUAUGAGCACAGCCGGGACCACCCCUCCAAAGCCCGAACAGGCCCGUUCGCCAACCACCGCACAGCUUUCUCCCAUCUCUCAAAGCCAGAGCACCACCACAACAACUCCGAUCCCAGGCCAGAACAACCUGAACAGACCUGGAACCCAGAGAUCAGCAGUAGUCAGCACAAGGGCUUCCAUCCCUCCUGGGGUACCUGCCCUUCCAGUGAAAAACCUAAAUGGGUCUGGCCCUGUUCACCCAGCACUUGCAGGUAUGACUGGGAUUCUGAUGUGUGCUGCUGGCCUUCCAGUGUGCCUGACCCGGGCUCCCAAACCCAUCCUUCACCCCCCACCUGUCAACAAGAGUGACAUAAAGCCAGUGCCUGGGAUAUCUGGUAUCUGCAGAAAGACCAAGAAAAAGCAUCUGAAGAAAGGAAAAUCUCCAGAGGAUGUGGUGCGAAGGUACAUGCAGAAGGUGAAGAAUCCACCAGAUGAGGACUGCACAAUCUGUAUGGAGAGGCUGGUCAGCUCAUCAGGCUACGAUGGGGUCCUGAAUCUGAAAGGCGUGAAACCCGAGCUGGUGGGAAAGCUCAGUAAAUGCAGCCACAUGUAUCAUCUCCUGUGUCUAGUAGCCAUGUACAAUAAUGGCAACAAGGAUGGCAGCCUGCAGUGUCCCACUUGCAAGGCUAUCUAUGGUGAGAAAACUGGAACACAGCCGCCUGGGAAGAUGGAAUAUCACGUGAUCCCACACUCACUGCCUGGUUACCCCGAAUUCAAAACAAUUCGCAUUGUGUACGACAUCCCAGCAGGACUACAGGGUGUUGAACACCCCAACCAAGGGAAGAAGUUCACUGCCAGAGGCUUUCCACGGCAUUGCUACCUGCCUGAUAACGAGAAAGGCCGCAAGAUUCUGAAGCUCUUGAUUGUGGCAUGGGAUCGCAGGCUGAUAUUCACCAUUGGAACAUCCAACACCACUGGUGAAACGGAUACAGUAGUGUGGAAUGAAAUCCAUCACAAAACAGAGUUUGGAUCAAAUUUAACCGGACAUGGCUAUCCAGAUCCCAACUAUUUGGAAAACGUGCUGGCAGAAUUAUCUGCCCAAGGGGUCAUGGAGGACUCCAUAAAGGACUGAGGAGGAGAUUAGAAGAAGCAGCCAAUAAGGACGUUGGCCACUGAAGACUACACCCUGUAAAGUACAUUACUAGGGUUCAAAUAUGCUUUGCUUUACUGCCUUGGCCACUACUUUGUUAACUCCAGUUCGGGCUAGUUAAAAGCAGACUGCAUCAGCCUGAUUCAGUUUAUUGGUGGCAAGUUACAGUGACAUACUGUGCAAGUCUGCAUCUGUUAUUCCUCAUGGAAAGACCCAUACAAUAUUAAUAAUUAGGGGCAGGUAAAUCAAGAAAAAAAGAGAGGGCUGUCGAGUUGACAGUUGCUUGCACUGGUCAUUCCUUAAAAUGAAAACAGAAAUGUUUUCCAUUUGGUUGAAUUGUAUACAGUGCACCUCCUGCAGUGUUGCAGCUAACUGUGCACAUAGAGGCAAAAAUACUAAGCACGCCUGGUUAGUUGUAGGAACGCUGGCAUCAGUCAACAUGUCGCUUUCUAGAGGUCACAAGCAGUUAUGUAAAACAUGCAGUAUUUUCAUAAAUAAGGUGUGCACAUCUCUCAGGGAUGUCAGUCUUUUUGCUUGGAUGUGUCACUGUAAAUGGUGUACAGUGGACAGGAGGAGGAGGAAAGGAGCUUUGCAUGUGAAAACUGUAUGGCUUUAAAAAGUGCCCAUUUUAUCUUACUUUAAUCACAAGGACAGCAACACCAUGGAGCGUUUUAAAAAGUUUUGACAAAGGUAGUUUAAAUUUAAAGACACUGCUUAUUAAAGUGUUAUUCAGAAAUAACUAAGGGCUUGUUCUGUGUUAAAGGUCUGUCUCGUUACUCCAUUAGUCCAGCUAAGUAUUAGUGUCCUGGUGGCCCAUGCUGCAUGUCAGUAACAAGGAAUACAUACGUCCUCAGAUGAGGCUGUUUAUUUAAAGUUAACUUUUCUAUCUAUAGAUGUUGCUAUACUUCAUAGCGAAAUAUGUCAGUGUCUUAACCGAAUCAUUUAUGUCUACUGUGUUCGAGACUCUUUAUUCUAUGAGUUUGGCAGUGAAUGCAUCUGAAGCCAAGUAGUAGUUACUUUUUCCUUUUGAUUUUUUUCCCCCCUGAAUAUGGAUAUUUCCAGUUUUAAUUUCAUAAAAUGACUCCCACAUUCUUAAUGAAACUCAGUAUACUUAGCUGUCAGAUUACGUGAGAGGAUUACUUCACUGGGGGAGUCCUGGGGUGCUGUAUUUUCUUAAAAAGAGGAUUUCAAAUACACAACAGUUAUACAUCCAGCCCAGGGACAGAAACUGAAUAAUAUUCCUGCCAAAAACAGUCACUGGCUCAGUAAAUGAAUGUCAACUGACAUUUGCGUUGGGCUGUUCUGUCAAAGGGAAACUACAUGGGAUGGAAUGUUGCAAAGCUAUGAACAGUUUACAAAAUGAUGAUAGCUAUAGAAAUAUUCAAUAUUAUCCUGACAACUGCUGUCAAAUCCAUUAUGUUCAUAGUCAUUACUGGUAAAAGUGAUGUUCAACAAACGCUGUUUCUGCAAAUUACGUUCUGGUUGCUGACUUGUAUGACGUUCAACUUAAUGAGAUUUAUUGCCAAAAAAAAUUGAAGAGGAAAUAAAUGUUGUUGGAGGAGGAUAGUGACGGUUCCUUUAGGUUUUGUUGAGGGGUUGUUAUUCAAAGAUGAACAAAGUGUACUCAGUAGUCUAAGUGUUUGAAAGAUGUGGGGUAUGAUGGCAAUCUCUCCUGCUUUAUAGGACAAAUUUGGGAAAGAAGUUAAUUGAAUUUUUUUUAAAAAGUAAACAUUUAAACAAAACUGGGGAACACUGGAUUCUGAGUAGAGAUGUGAAAACUGUCUCAGCAAAACAUGCUAAACUUGAGACUAAACUUUAAGAAUUUUUUUUAAAUAUAAAGGGCUGUUCAUGUACAUUAUCAAUGGGAAAAGUGAUACAAUACAGGAAUAGAAAAAAUGGAACACUAUCUGCCUCAUAGCAACAGUCUGUCCACUGGAGAAUGGUAUCCUGAUAAACAUAUUCUAUUCUAAUGGCUCUUGCAGUCAAAAUCCAAGUCUCAACCCAAGAACUGCCAUAGAAAAGCACCAGAAGACCAGCAAAUGUAACAUGUUUGAUAUCACAGAACACGUGUUAAAUUUUAAAGUGUUGGCGGCAGAACCUAUUCUAAAUUUGCCAAUGCAUAUUCUGGCAGCAUUGGAGUCAGCGGCACCCAUAGGGCUACUGGCAAAAAGUGUAGAUUCUGAAACAAAUUCAUUUUUAUAUAGAAAUAAACAUUAACAAAGCAUGUGUAAAUAGUGUAUUGAUGUGAUGUGUUUCAAACAGUGUAGGGGACAGCAUCUAUUAUAAUGGCCUAGGCAAGUUCAAUUUGUAUAAUUGUGCUGGUCCCCAUGCUACUGGAAAGUGCAAGGUAAUUUCAUUAACUCUCAUUUGGAAAGUUGAAUAUAAUCAUAGUUAUUUUAGGAACUUAUGUCUGAAGAUGUUAAUGCAGAAGAUGACAGAUCAUUAAUUUUAUAAUUGUAUUUGCAUAACAAACUGAACUCAACUCAAAUCAUCAAAGGGCUUAUUACCAAGCUGGCAGUAUCACUUCUACAGAGCUGAUGAACAAGCUGCAGAUUUAAAUUCUGCUUUCUGUAUCUGCAAGGACCUGGUGAGAAUUUUAUUAAAGGAAAAUGUUCUUUAAAAAAGGGUCAGAUUAGUGAAAUCAGCCAUGGUAAUAAAUAUGCUAAAAAUUUAAAAUCACCAUUCUUGAUAUAUAGAAGUCCACUGGAAUCAGGAAUAGAUUCAAAUUAAAAUUGUAUUAAGCAAUUAAUUGAAUUUCAUUUGUGUUAACAAGAACUUCACUGGAGUUACCAAUUUCAUUGAUAGAAUUUACAGCCCAAUUUCCUACACCUAAUGUACAUGGGAGUGAAGAGGAGACCACGUAAUGUUGACCAUUUUGCAGAUAUAAAUAAAAAACAUUACAUGUUUAAGUAGUAUGUUAUGCACAGGAUUAUUAACAUAUUGGGAUAUUAAAGACAAGUACUGAUGAUAGUUUGAUUCAUACCUUGAUAAUGAUGAGAACAAAUCAAUUUGUGUGUUAAGUGAAUAAGCAACUUUGCCAAGAUAGAAUUUGAAGCUCAAAUUCCAGCUCACCACAAUAUUGCACUUGAAUAAUUAUUAAAUUCCCCCACCCAGGAUAGCACUUUGUAUUGACCAUUGGUCUAAAACAGCAAUUAAGGAGUGGAAAAGAAGCUCCAUUAAGCUUACUUUGAAAGUAAAUGCCCCAUAGCAUGGCCCUUCCUAAUUAAGUGAAGUCCUCAGUAAUCCUCAGGUCCUUUUGCCCAAGACAUGUUUCAGACAAAAUUUGCCAGAGAUAACAUUGCUUUGAAAAUAGGAAGAAGGGCAAGAUAAGUAGUAACAUUAAAUAUCCGACAAAUCAUUGUUGGAUGCAGCUGGUAUAUCAAAAUACAAUUGAAAAAUAAGGUCCAGUGUGAUUACAAACUGGGAGCAUUAACCCAAGUCAUCGGAUAUGAAACUCAAAGGAUGCAGUUCAACACUGAUUUUACAUGCUGUUAAUUACUUCAGUAAAUGAAAAUCAAGCAGGGUGCAAAACCAGAGUUCUACCUGAUCUUGCCAGUUUUCCAAUGGCUAGGGCAAGAUUGCAAUUGGUCCCUACAACAUGUGGUCUCAGAAAAUAUCUAUGAUGGACAAGAAUGUUUAAGCUAAUCUUCUCAAUAACAGAUUCAUUUUAACCUCAUAUUUUAGAAGUGUUCUAGAAGUGUGGAAAUAGAGAGGAAGCCACGACAGAAAGUGGUCUUGAAAAGCUAACCAUUUCAAAAUAGCUUCACGUAGAUCAUAUUAAAGUGAAGAACAAAUGUGCAUUGAACACAAACUUAGAGUUUUUGCUAUUGGAGUAUAUGUCGGUAAUAACUCCGGAUUGUUAGAUGGGACUUGUACUCUGAAGAACCACUUCAGAUGUUAGACCUCCUGCACAACUCCCGUUUCUGCUGUUUUCUUGCUAGGAAACAAGAAAAACAGGCAGCCUGAUCCAAUGCCAUUGCAGCUAAGCACUGAUGUGGUUACAGUUAGCGCUGCAUACACGUGUUUAUUCCGUGUUACUAUUGUUAAUGGCAAUGGGAGUUCCAGGGUGUUCCCAUAACAAAGCAGAUACUUCUUUUAAAUCAGUUUGGCACAAACUCCUUCUGAGGAGGGAACUUCACUUUACAAAAUGCAGAUAUGACUUGCUGCUUUGAGACCAACUGUUGUCAGAGCUGGUUGUAUGGCACGGCCAGUUUUCCAUUAGCAACACAACAAACUCAAUGAACACUUGAAUGUGAUUAUUGUGCAAUUCAUUUUCAUUUCACAUGACAAAAUAAGCACCUCCAUUCAACCCAAACUUGCAAAGCCAUGUUCUGUGGAUUCACUGAAUCACAAUUCCUACAAUACAGUUACCUAGAGAGAUCUGGAUAGAACCAUAUCGCAAGCUUAAAAUAUUUUUUUUUACUGGAAUAAAUGCAACUUCUGGCCAUCAUGUGAACAAUGAGAUUAACUAUCACACUGUAGCAGAAGCCAUUAUGGAAUCAUAUAUAUCCCAAAGUAGCAAUGGUUCAAAUGGGGCUGACCAUAUAUCUUGGGUUCCAAAUAUGAAUUGCCAUAAACAAAACCAUGUUAAAGUGGAUAAAUCAACAAGUUUGCAAUUUUAAUACCUCAAAAUGAUAGAGCAAUGGGUACAGCGAGCAUUGUCCUAUUAGAUGACUUAAUAAAUUUUACUGGAUUUAAAAGAUCAAUAUCUGUUUUAACAUUAAACUUGGCCAAUUUGCACUUAGGGUUUAUCGCCACAAUCAGGUUAACAUAAAACCACAAAUCAUAAAAUGCAUCAUAUUGAAAAAGAAUGAAGUCUGUAAAUACUUGUGUCCUAUUCCAGUUUUAAGGAGAGAUUGCCUUGGGGGAAAUGUGAUGCGAUACAUUUCAUGCAGUCUGGUUCUCUGGACAGUGUCGAUGUAGAUUCUGAUAUUGCAAAAUGCUAGAGGGAUCACAAGAACUGUCAUCCAUAACUAGGUCUUGUGUUGUUAUUUACUCACCAGCAUAUCCUGAAUUUAUGUAACGAACUCAUGUAAUAUGUAUAAACUAUUGGAUUUGCCUGUAACUGUUAGUACUAAAUAAUGAAUAAACUUUAUUUGG